AUGGCAGACAUUGUGACAGAGAGUGUAUCAGGCUAUCUUCGAUUUCAGUUGAUUCAAGUUGGCCUUGAAAAUGGCCUUUUUGAUGUCAUCGAAGUAACUCUUGGAAAAACAACGAAGCAGAUCGCGAAUGAAGCUAAUUGCGACACAAGAUACGUCGAAGAGUGGUGCCAGGCAUUAGCCCUGGGAAACAUUUUGGUUGCGAACUUAGACAACAACUCAAAGGAGUAUCUUUAUUCAAUGACUGCAGACAUGAAGAAGACAAUUUCUGAGAUGACUCCGAUGCUUCGACUUGUCAAUUCAGUCGGAUCAGCUAUUCCAGAAGUCUGUUCCAACUUUUCGAGUGGCGCGCCCGUCUUCUUUGAAAAAUACUGUAAUGUCGCGAAGAAUAUUUCUAAUGCUCUUGGCCCCUGGACGAAAUUUCACUGCCAAGAUGCUUCUGAAUUCACUACCACUGGUCAACAAUUUGAGCUUAUCUGCUUCUUUGUUUGCCUUCACGAUUUCGCUCAUCCGACCAAAGCUCUUCAGCUUUGUCAACAUUUGCUUACUUCUGAUGGAAAAGUAAUCGUCAUCGAAAUGGCUGGAAAGGAUCAUUUUGCUCCUGAGAAGUAG